AUGGUCGAUAGAAUAACAACAUCAUCAUCAACAACAAUGGGAAACGACAAUGAUGAUUGGGAAGUGGCUGUUGAUACGGGCGAAUUUGAUAAACGACUUGAACAACAGGAAAAAGCUCGUGCAGCCAAUCAAGAACCUGUAAUAUCUGCCGCACAAUCCACUAUUAAUGACGAUGACAGUCGAAAUUCAUCAAGUAUUAAUUUAAUGAAAUCGAAUAAACCAAUUCGAAUUCUUAAACGACCAACUAGUCAAUCUCAACUACCGAUUAAUAAUGAUGUAACUAAUUCGUCGAUAGCAGUAUUAACUGCUAUUACUACUACUACUACGACUACGACUAUAAUAGCAUCGAAUAGUGACAAUAAUACUAAUAACAGUAAUUCGCCAUUUUCUAACAAUAUUUCUUCGUCUACAACAGUGCCUGUCGUAUCGAUCAUUCCACGAAAUCAAACAAAAGAUUCAGUGAAUUCUACAGAAUCAAUAGCAACACCUGUUUUUACUUCAACGUCUACCUCUUCACAAUCAAUAAAACCUGCUAUUAAAACUUAUGAACAACGUGAACUUGAAUAUAGAUUAGCUCGACUUAGAAUCAUGGGUGAAGAAGAAAGUUCUGCAAAAGAUGAUGACGACGAUAUUCCUGUUGUUGAAUCGAUACCUUCGUCUACAGAUGAUAAUACUAAAACUACAACGUCUUUUCCCUUAUCUGCAACUUCAUCAACUACAAGAACAACAACAAAUAAACCGAGUGGAUUUUCUCAACAACAACUUCAAUGCCAGUCAACACCUGGUAGCUACGCAUCAGAUUUAUAUACACUUAACAAUAUACCACUGAAUACUGGAGCAAUUCAUUUUACACCAAAUAAUAAUAAUAAUAAUGUUAAUAGUACGCCAAAUCUUGGAGUAGGACCUUUUUCUUCACCUAAUUUUCCUCAACAUUAUCGUGGUGCGUAUUCUGCUCCAUACUCUCAUAUUAUGCCACCACCACCACUACCACCAUCAGGAGCUCCACGUUAUCCAUUAACAUCAACAACAACUGCCACACUCUAUAUGACAUCCACAGCACCAUUUGUUAGUGCCCCAUCAUCAUCAUCGUCAUCUGUAUCAUCAUCAUAUCAUUAUCCGUCACAACAACAUCAAAAUAUAACAACUAAUAACUGGUAUCAUUAUCAACAUCCUCAAACACCGUAUGGUACCCAACAGUAUGGACAUCCGCAAUAA